CCCAUCCCAAGUCCCCUGCACGCCAGCCGCCCCCUUGUCAUGUCAGCAUGGAGAUCCGGCAGCACGACUGGCUCUCGGCCUCCCCCCACGAGGGCUUCGAGCAGAUGAGGCUCAAAAGCCGCCCCAAGGAGCCCUCUUCGAGCCUGACCAGAGUGGGCGCGAACUUCUACAGCAGCGUCAAGCAGCAGGACUACAGCGCCAGCGUCUGGCUCCGGAGGAAAGACAAGCUCGAGCACUCUCAGCAGAAGUGCAUCGUGAUCUUUGCACUGGUGUGCUGCUUUGCCAUUCUUGUUGCGUUGAUAUUUUCAGCUGUGGACAUCGUGGGAGAGGAUGAGGAUGGACUCUCAGAAAAAAAUUGUCAAAAUAAAUGUCGGUAAGAGAAUUGCCCUGGUGGAAAAUAUUCCUGAAGGCCUUAACUAUUCAGAAAAUGCACCAUUUCACUUACCACUUUUCCAAGGCUGGAUGAAUUUACUCAACAUGGCCAAAAAGUCUAUUGACAUAGUAUCUUCCCAUUGGGAUCUCAACCACACUCAUCCAUCAGCAUGUCAGGGUCAGCGCCUUUUUGAAAAGUUGCUCCAACUGACUUCGCAAAAUAUUGAAAUCAAGCUAGUGAGUGAUGUAACAGCUGAUUCAAAGGUAUUAGAAGCCUUGAAAUUAAAGGGAGCUGAAGUGACGUACAUGAACAUGACUGCCUACAACAAGGGCCGGCUCCAGUCCUCCUUCUGGAUUGUUGAUAAACAGCACGUGUACAUCGGCAGUGCCAGUUUAGACUGGAGAUCACUGGGACAGAUGAAAGAACUGGGUGUCAUCUUCUACAACUGCAGCUGCCUGGUCCUAGAUUUACAAAGGAUAUUUGCUUUAUAUAGUUCACUAAAAUUCAAGAGCAGAGUACCUCAGACCUGGUCCAAGAGGCUCUAUGGAGUCUAUGACAACCAAAAGAAAUUGCAACUUCAGUUGAACGAAACCUACUCUCAAGCAUUUGUGUCGAACUCUCCCAAACUCUUUUGCCCUAAGAACAGAAGCUUUGACAUAGAUGCCAUCUACAGUGUAAUAGAUGACGCCAAGCAGUUUGUGUUCAUAGCCGUCAUGGACUACCUGCCUAUCUCCAGCACAAGCUCCCGAAGGACUUACUGGCCAGAUUUGGAUGGGAAAAUAAGAGAAGCAUUAGUUUUGCGAAGCGUUAAAGUUCGACUCCUUAUAAGCUUCUGGAAGGACACUGAUCCCCUUACAUUUAACUUUAUUUCAUCUCUUAAAGCUAUUUGCACUGAAAUAGCCAACUGCAGUUUGAAAGUUAAAUUUUUUGAUCUGGAAACAGAGAAUGCUUGUGCUAUAAAAGAACAAAAGAACAACACCUUUCCUAAAUUAAAUCGCAACAAGUACAUGGUGACUGAUGGAGCAGCUUAUAUUGGAAAUUUUGACUGGGUAGGGAAUGAUUUUACUCAGAAUGCCGGCACAGGCCUUGUUAUCAACCAAGUAGAUGUGACCAACGAUACAAGCAUCAUUAAGCAACUUAAAGAUGUGUUUGAGAGGGACUGGUAUUCACCCUAUGCCAGAAGCUUACAGCCAACCAAACAGCCGAACUGCUCAAGCCUGUUCAAACUCAAACCCCCCUCCAACAAAACUGUCACAUACAAUGCAAGCGGGAAGGACCCUUGAGUGCUCAUCAAGAAUAAACAGACUGACAGGACAACUCUGAAUUUCAUAUUUACAUAUAAAGGAUUUGAGGAAAGAAAACCCAUUUAAUAUGUCCUUUUCUUGAGGAAAAAGCACACUUAUUAAAAAAGUUCUCUGAAGUACUUGUAACAUCUGUCUAACAAUAUCUUAGCGCCAUGUACACGAAAUUUAAGACUUUUAUAUUGUUACUUCUGACAGAGAAUGUCAUUUCGGCUUAGAAGGUAGUUUUUACGUUUGCAUACAAAUUUUAAAACUUUGAUUCCUCUUCCUUUCUAGUUUUAGAACUUUUUCUGCUGACCCACCUGGUCAAUUCUUAGGAAGCUUAGCAUGAGGUAAGCUCUUUAACACCAGACUGAGAACUGCUGACUUAGAGAGGAGAGUGAGGAUUUCGCCUUGGAGAGGAGACUGAUAAAAGCAAGUAUUUAUCCUUGUAAACCACCUCCAAGACCUAUACAGUCAUCUAAGCAUGAACAGCUUACAUCUCGUGCCAGCUUUCAAAACUGUUCAAAAAAUACCCUUUUUCCCUUCUUAUUCAGUUUUUGCUAAUACCAUAGCUUUCAUUUUGUAUCACUUUCACUUAUCACAAAAUGCUCUUUUUAUAUGGACUCCCUAUAUUCACCUCAGCAUUAGUUCCAAGUAUGAUCAUAUCUUUUGAAAAUGUAUGACGGCCUCAGAAUGGAUACAAAACGGAAAUGGCCGUCUUUAAUUUUCACCUUUCAACUGCAUCUUUUUUCCUACCAAAUUGGUACUUAACCACAGCCAGCAAUAUGUUUAACAUUUUCUUUUCUCUCAAACUCAGAAAAAAUUAUGUAGCCAACUGCUAAUAUUCAGCAAGCUAUGAAGUCUCCAUUUCGAGCAUAAAGUUUCUCACUUUUUUUAGUUUAUGAUAUUAUAAAGGAAAGAUCUUUAUGCAUCAGUGGAUUUUAAUUUCUUUAGAAUCAUUAUGCUGUUAAGAGGAUGCCAGCAAAUGUUUAUAGAGCUAUUUAAUAUACCUUCAGCUAUUUAAUAUACCAAAUGCUUUUCGGAGAAAUGCAAUUUAAAUACUGUGCUUAACAUAUUUUAUUAAGAAACAAAAAUUCUGAUUGAAUUAUUGUUCUAUAAUGCUGUUGUGUGUUGUUGUUUUCUAUCUAUACAAUAUAUAAUUCUGUAUUAAUGGAGACUGUUGUCACGUGAGAGAGAGGCAUGGCCUCUUCAGGGCCAGUGCAGAUGGUCAGGCUGCCUAGUCCUGACAUUGCUCCUGACGCCAUCCAUGGCCUCGAACAGAGUCCUUCCCACCUUGGCCUCGGUUUCUAUUGGUAAUGUAGUAACAGUCAGACUCACCUACCUCGCCGGGAUGUUGUGGUAGGACAUGUUUAUAACUUGUUCUGAAAUCAAAAGAGCCUAUAUAAAUGCUAAGCAUUAUGGUGUAUAAUCUUUUCUUGAAAUCAUCUUUGUGGUAUCCUAAUGGAAUCAA